AUCAAUUGGAAGUGUUAUAUAUAUAUGAUGUACAUACUAGAAAAGUACCUACACUUCAGAUUAUGUAUAAUUGAGAGCAGUGAGUGACAGUAUUCAAUAAACUAAACUACAAAUACCAAACCAGGAAGUGCACUCCUAUGCAUGUUGUCUUUUCAGUAGACAAGCCAGCAAGGUGAGUGCCUGAUCAUUGGUCCAAAGUGCAAUAAUGAGACGAUUUUAGAGACUUUUCACUUGACUGACGAUAUGAUAUCAGUAAAAUUAGCUACUCUUGAUCGACUUGAAUAUAUUUGCAGAUUUGGCUGUGCAACAUUGUUGUUGGCUGGUUGUGGUUAUUUUGCUUUUCCGUAGGCAUUCAGUAAUCACUGGUGAUCAGGUAGGACAGUUUUAACUUUAUACUGUGCGACUUUGUAUUAUCUUGAUUGUAAAGAUACUGUAACUGUACGUUAUCUACAGGAGUAGAGUUUGAGCUCUGGCUGAUAAGGUUAUCACUAAUAAAAUAAUUUACAUUGCAACUAAGAGUUUGCAGGAAACCGUAAGGAUUUAUUAGAUAUUUUGGGAAUUCCUUGGCUCUGUCCAUAUUCGGGUCGCUGAGGUGUCUAAGUGCAACUAGCUACGCUAGAGCUCUGUACUCAUGAGUCACUUUACUGCAUCAUAAGACAGUAUUUACAUUUUAGUCAUUUAGCAGACGCUCUUAUCCAGAGUGACUUACAGUUAGUGAGUGCAUACAUUUUCAUAUAGGCUACUGUACUUUGAGAUUAUCUACAGAAAUUGUUCAAUACUUCCUUAAUUGGUAAUGGACAAUUCUUAGCCCAACCUGUUGUCUGAAACUAUUAAGUUCACCCCUUCACUUUCUUUCCUUUUGUACUUUUACUCUUUGUCUCUGCUUAUCUCUCUCAGUAUCUUUCCUGCUCUCUGUUCUCAGUAGAUGAGACUUCCAAUUCACUCCUUGUCUCUCAUCUCGAGGAGCUUCUCUGAUAGGCUGUCUGCUAUCCCCGGUAGGCGGGGAGUGUGUGGCGCUGCGAUGCGAUUGGUGCAGUUCUGCCGCCAAGGCGAUGAGGGAGGGGUUAGGGUCGGCGUUGAUCGGGGGGAGGGGCUAGGGGUCAUUGACCUUAAGGCCUUUGACCCUUCAAUGCCAAUGACAAUGAGAGAGCUGCUGGAGAUGGGAGCGAAGGGCAUGCAGUGUGCACAGAGGUAACACAUGCACAACACACACACACUUUCUUGGUGCUUGUCAGUAGCAAUCCUUUCCACCCAGAGCACAUACUAUCCUCUUUCUCUCAGGGCACUGGAGGCUAGUCCUACUCAGUGUGUGGUUCCCUUUGCGGAGGUGAGGCUGCUGUCCCCAGUCCUAGCCCCAGAGAAGGUGGUGUGUGUAGGGAUGAACUACCGGGACCACUGCCUUGAGCAGAACGCACCUAUCCCUAAAGAGCCAAUCAUCUUCAGCAAGUUCCCCAGCGCCAUUACUGGGCCCUUCGAUGACAUCACACUGCCCGACGAGAGCCAGGUGAGAGCAGCCUUAGUCACUGGGCGUGUUCCUCUGCCCAGGUAUUUUACGUAUCAGCUAACCACAUAAUAUGUUAUAGCAAUCUGGUGCCCGACGGCACAGUCGAUGACGUGGUACGCAACCAUUGGUUGAUGCAUGCAACGUCUGUGCAGGAGAACACGACCCCUAUCAGGCCCAGAGAAGAAGAUGGAGAUGCAGUAGAUAUGCAUGAUCCUAGAUCCGUGCCUGAUACAAUUAAAAUGUACAGAGGCACUGUAGCUUGGAUGUUACACAGUUUCUGCAUUCAAUAACUUAAUUGAUGGAUUCUUAUUCCUGCUUCUCUCUGAUUGGAGGAGGUGGACUGGGAAGUGGAGCUAGCCUUUGUGAUUGGACGAAAGGGGAAACACAUUAAGGUGAGUCUGAAUACAACUUGACACAUAGGAGUUUCAUGUCCCACAGAUGAGCUCACUCUCCACCCCCCCCCCCCCCCAACCCCCCAAGGAAGAGGAUGCUAUGUCCUACGUGGCAGGUUUCACCGUGGCCAACGAUGUCAGCGCACGUGAUUGGCAAAUGAAACGCAACGGGAAGCAGUGGCUGCUGGGAAAAACCUUUGACAGCUUUUGUCCUCUCGGCCCCGCCUUAGUGACCACCUCCGCUGUGAUGGGUGAGGGAGGGAGAAACACAAGAUAAAAUAUAUACUUAUAAUUUGCUUACUUUGGCAGAGUGGUUGCUAAAAUGUAUGUAUUUGUCGUCAGACCCCCAUAACCUGGGUAUCCGCUGUCUGGUGAAUGGAGUUGCAGUCCAGAACAGCAACACUAACCAGCUGAUCUUUAAGACUGAGCAAGUGGUGGCCUGGGUCUCACAGUGAGUCACACACACAAUGUGUUCAUAGUUCUUGUGAUGGUAAUACUUUACUUGAGCUCUCUGUCACAAGGGCUACAUAACACUGUCAAUAACAGUUAUGACAACUGAGUAACACUGUCAUCACAAAACCAAUACUAAUGAGUAGUCUACAGUUGCUGAUAACAAAGAUUUGCAUGUGUGUGUUCUUUCCUGUGUUAGGUUUGUGACGUUGUCUCCAGGUGACGUGUUUCUGACGGGGACUCCUCCAGGUGUGGGCGUGUUCAGGAACCCACCUGUCUUCCUCAAGGUCAGCAUCACACACUAAUAUAAAGACAUUAGUUGUGUGCCAGGCCAACUACUUUGCAGAUGUUGUAAUGUAUCAAUCAAUGGUUGUGUGCCACUUCGACUGAUUGCUAAAUCAUAUGAUUUGGUUAGCUGAUAUGUUAAACACCUAUCCAGGCGUUUUGAGAUCUGACAUGUGUCUGUAAUGUAGUUAGUCUGGAAUGAAUCCGUAUUGUUACAUAUAGUAAUAAUCAACUCCACAUCCACUCCAAGCUCCUAUAGGGCUAGGCACUUCCCAUGGAUCUAAAAAGAUCAGAUAGGGCACAAGAGUUACAAGCGUUGCAUGUUGUGGUCCUGUCUUACGAAAGACGUAAUGAAGUGUUCCUUUGUGUGUUUCAGAAAGGAGAUGUGGUGGAGUGUCAAAUAGACCAGGUCGGGGUCAUACGCAACAAUGUUGUCUGAUCCCUGAAGCAGCCAGCCCAUUGGACAGCUCUCUCUUCAAUCUUAAUUCAGCUCUCUUUGGACCCAAGUGUCAUUAAUCUAGUGUACUGUAAAUCAGAUAUAAUCCAUGUUUAAAAGACUGCGUUUACACAGGCAGCCCAAU